AUGUCCACAUUUCAAGGACAGCAAGUCCUCAUCAUUUAUUACAAUGUAUUCCAGAUAGAGUAUCUUUUCCAAGAAAGAUAUCUCUCCUUUUGUGCUGCCAUCUGCAGGCAUGUUUGGAAAGGAGGCUUCACGUCGGAGAGGCAAGGUGCAGUGCCAUGGAUCAAGGAAUUAAGUGAGACCUAUGGAGACCUGCAAGCUGGUUUGAUGGAAAAUCACAACCAUGGUUGCAGGGAGAUUCAUGACAAACCAGACGAAGUUAAGGGUCCUCAUGUCAGCUUGAAGCAAGGGGAAAAUCUGGAAAAGUUCAAAUUUGAUAAAAAUCGAGGCACCGAAUAUGCUGUUGCUGUUGUUUUGCAAAAAACAGAUACAGACCUGGAGAAGAUUCCUGUACAAAGUGAAGAUCUGUCCACGCUGUACCUUACCUGUGGUCAGCCAUCGUGGUUUGAGCCAUCCACAUACUCUGACGGCAAUCUGGAAUUGACUACUCAGCUCCCAGCGACGUGGAAGAUGAAAAAUCUCGGCAAAUUUUGUGUCAAUGGCCUCAUCACAACAAGCCAGAAUGUUUCAUCUAUGGAGUGUAAAAACUUGACAGUGGUGGAUGUCUCUGAGUCUCUAGUAGAGACUUUGCCAGACUUCAGAGUUCUGCCUAAAGUGAGGGAGGUCAAUGCAUCUCAUAGUAUGGUGACCAUUCAGUCUCUGACCAGCUGUCAUAUUGAUCAGCUGAAAUAUCUGGUCAGCCUGUCACUGGAUGAACUGUUACUGGACUCUUUGCCAAGGAGCUUUGGACAACUGAAAACACUUCAGUAUCUGUCCAUUAAAGGUAUCCCCUGGCUGCGAGGGGACGAGGACCCGCAGUGUGGCCAGGCAGAAACAUCUGGACUCUCAAAUUCUGUAGCAAAAGUUGCUGCCCGUACAUCCUGCAUUGAAUCUCCAAAUGAGCUGUUGAAGAAGUAUGACUAUGACAACAAUGACAUACUGAAUGUAAAAGAGGAGAUACCUGGUCUCAACACAGAGUUGUUCAUGAGUGUACCAAGAUUGGGACAGACAUUUAAAGAUGCAGACUCAAGUGGCAUCCCUCUAGCCGUGUUUGAGAUGGAAAAUUUGAGAGAGCUUCGUCUUGCCAACCAGGGCAUAAACUCUGUUCCACAAACCAUUGCCAAGCUGAAGAGACUCCGGGUCUUGGAGUUGUCUAACAACCCCCUUCUGGAGAGCGUUGCAGGAGAAGUGGCCUUCUUACCCAUUAGAGAUAAUGUUGGUCAAGGCUUGAAGCUGGAUGGAUGCCCUUCCCUGAAGAGUCCUCCAAAUGACAUAGUGGGCAGAGGAGGAGGCGCUGUCAUCAGCUUCCUCAAACGUGUAGCAGGCGGCUUUACUGUCUGCAGGAGAACAAAGCUCAUGUUUGUUGGACUGGGAGGAGCUGGGAAAACAAGUUUGCUGCGUGCUUUAAUGAGUGGUAACUACAAAACAAAAUCUCUGGGUGCCAAAGAAGUCACUGAUGGCAUUGACAUCAAAGCGUGGACAGUGAAGAAGAAUGAUGGGCCAGAAGUGACCUUCAGCACUUGGGAUUUUGCUGGACAGAAAGUGUACUACAACACACAUCAGUUUUUCCUGUCCAGUAGAGCAGUGUACCUGCUGCUGUGGACCACCAGAUCUGGCUACGAACAUGCAGGACUGGAGUUUUGGCUGAGCUCCAUCGCCAGCCACGCUCCUGGAGCACCUGUUUUUGUCAUCGGGACGCGAGCAGAUGAGGUUGAUAAGCCAGAAAUUCCCAUGGAGAAACUACAGAAGAAAUUCCCCCAAAUUGCCGGCUUUCAUUUCAUCAGCUCUCUCACUGGACAGGGUAUCCGUGUGUUGGAGGACCGGUUGGUGGAUGUGACUUUGGCACAGAAAUAUAUGGGUGAACAGAUCCCCACUGUCUGGCUGAAACUGGAGACCGCUAUUCUCACCAUGAAGGAGAAGAAGAAAGUGAGCAUUGUUAAGUGGGAAGAGAUUGCUGCAAUGGCAAAUGAAGUUGGAAUUUAUGAAGAAGAUGAUCUGAAGGAAGCCAUCCAGUUCCUGACCUACCUAGGCUCAGUGCAGUAUUUUGACAAUGAGUUCCUUAGGAAAUAUGUGGUCAUCAACCCGCAGUGGAUUGCUGAUGUCAUGGCAUGCGUGGUGUCCAUUAAGGCCAAUGCCAUUAAGGACGGUCGCCUGAACCACUCAGACAUCGGUGUCAUUUGGAAGGCGUAUGACAAGGAGUAUCACGAGUGGCUGCUGAUGUUGACCCAGGAGUUUGAUCUGACCUUCCCUUUGCCAGAUCAGAAGGUCAACCUGGUACCAUGUCUGCUGCCUGGAGAGGAGCCAAAGUAUGACUGGCCUGAUCUGGAGGCAGACUCGGGGAUCAGAGAGACCAGGAUGUUGUAUCAGUUCACGUAUUUGCCAACUGGAUUGUUCAACAGGGCACAGGUGAGACUGUUCCAGUUCACAGACGGCAAGGCAAUUUGGAAGGAAGGAUCAUUCCUGAAGAAGAAUGCCCAUAUUGCUCUCAUAAAGCAGACAAGAGAGAAUGAACUGUCAGUGAAGGUUCAAGGUCCAGAGCCUGAGAAUGUGUUGCUGUUGAUUCACGAGGUGUUUGAAGGGUUGAUAGCCGAGGCCUACCAUGGGGUCACUUACACCUACCUUGUCCAGUGCCCUGACUGUGUGAACAAACAGCGAACACAUGAUCCGUUUCUGUUCCCCAACAACUUGAUCCGCCAAGCGUCUAACCAUGCUGGAGCUUUCCUGCAGUGUCACAGGUUCUUCCACAGCAUCUCCCUCAAUGAACUGGAAGCCAUAAUGCCGCCCGACAGCAAGAGUGACCUGGACAUGCAGCUGGAGAAUUCUAUCAGGAAGUUACGUGACAUGAGAAAGAACAACUCCACUGACAUCUUGGUGUCCUACUGUGCAGCUAACCUGACUGAGAAUGCUGCAGAUCCCAUUAAAGUGGUUCAAGAUAUCAACAACAUGGGCUACACCUGUUGGUUUGAUGAAGAUAUUGGGACUAAGACAUUGAGCGACUUCAUUGUUCCUCUCAAAGAUUCAAAGCUUCUAUUGGCAAUGGUGUCCAAGGAGUAUGCAGAAGAUGAGAAAUGUAAGGAGCUCUUUCAGUAUGCCAGCCAGAAGCUGAAGAAACCGUAUGUCAUAGUCACCAUUACCAAAAGUUUUGAUUGGACAAAAAGUGAACUGGGCAUGAAUAUUGGACUCCAAGAAAUCUUUGUUGACUUGUCAAAGGAGGAUGUUUAUGAUACAAAGCUAGAUGAACUUAAGGAAAAGUUGAAGUCAAAACUGGAAGAAGAAGAGAAGAAAGAGCAAGAUGCUGUGGACGUAUUCAUUAGUUACUGCUGGUCCAAUUCUCACGAUGCUGUGAAGAAAGGCACCGCCGAAAAGGAUGGAGCCCUUGGAUGGGAAAAGGGAGACCCCCGUGAAAUUAGAAGCUACCUGGAAUCCCAGGGAGUGAGGUGCUGGCUUGAUAUUGAGCAAGCUGGAAAGACUGGUUUGUUUGAAGACAUCAGUGAAGGGUUGAAAAAGGCCAAGGUGGUUGUGGCAUGUGUCUCAGAUGAGCGAGCAAACUCCCCAUAG